AUGGGUGCCAUCGACAACGAGAAAGCAUCUGAAUUGCGUCGCGACUCUUCACUCAGAGCAUCAGUCAGAUUUUCAAAUGUCCAAGGCAACGAUGAAGACUACGACCUACAGGCAAUGGGGAUUGCGGAUGGCUUUCGACCGGUAGAAUUGACACAUAAUGAAAUCUCGAGGCAAUCGACGACCACACCGCAAGACGCCCCGACCGUACAAAAAUCACCGCCAAGGCCGUCGAGUAUCACGAAGCCUCAUCAAAGGAAUGAAUCUUUGGCAUUGCAACAUGAUGGGUCGACGACAGAUUCGGACAGCGAUAGGACAGGUCUCGACAGAUCAUCAACUAGAGACUCGACUAUUUCAACGUCGUCACCAUUUGUUGAUGUUGAGGAUCCGUAUGAAGGCCCGUCUGGUCCCUCACAUCCGUACCAGAUGUACCCUCAAGAUGUUCGACUAGCACGAACAGCGAGUCUUGCGACCACGUCGACCGCGCCUAUAUCUGAGCAAUCAUAUAAUGGACCUCACGGACCGGCGCAUCCGUAUGGCAUGUACCCUCAAAACACUAUCCCGGAAUCGGAUGGUGUACCUAAUAGGACGGCGCAAGCGGAGAUCAAUAUAGGAUUUCCUGGGACGACAGAUAAUUAUCAAAGAAGAAUUGGUCCAGAAGGAGAAGAUGUCGCGGAUUUGAUUGGCCCUGAUGGCCAUACAGAACAACUACCCCCUUAUACAAGGUAUCCUGAAGAAGCAUAUACGAGGAAAGCAAUGGGUGUAGAAACGCCUCAACCGGCGCCGGUGCAAGCUAUGCCAUCGAUACAACCGAUUCAGCAACCAGAACAGCAACCACAGCAACCACAACCACAACACCCACAACCAAUGCUAGCCAUCCCAGGUGCCGGCGGUAUUGGAAUGGCUACCCUAAAUCCCGAAUUCACAUCUACCGAGGACCUAGGCGAUAUGAACUCGCCUCAGUCUCGACAAUCUGUCCGGAGUUUCACAUCUGAUAAUAGCCAGCGCGGGUUGACUGCUACCCCUCGGUCGGAUCAAGAAAUAUUAGACGAGAAGAAAUCACUCAAGGAUUGGCAAGUGACAGCGAAAAGGAGGGUUUGGGGUAUUGUUCCGUGUUGGGCUAUCAUCCUGGCAGCUAUUGUGCUUGUCUUAAUGGGGAUAAUCUUGGGGGCUGUCAUCGGCACGUUACUGAAUCCUCAUUUUAAGAAACCACCCCCUCCAGACAGGCCGCCAUCCCAAGCACAAUCUCCUAAUAAUUGGGAUACUCAACCUCUUAGUACCUUACCUCCGGAUUUACCUCCCCUACCUACGGGGACGUAUUCUAUGUUUUUAGCGAGGAACAACCGAAUAUCCAAUACUUGCUUCACAGAUCCGACACUUGCUCAGGCAUGGAGCUGCGACCUUACCUUCUUCCAGCUUAGCAUGAACGUUAAGAAACUACCUGGUCAACCAAACAUAUCUGAUUAUUCCUUCGGAUUUUCUUAUAAUGACACGUACAGUCUGAAAAACAAUGUUUUCACUUACGGUGUACAACCACCCGAUCUAACAGAUCUUCAAAUGAAGCUCGUUAGCGACAUUUUCGAGGUACCCCGAGGUCCGGCGUGGAAUUUCGAGAUUUCCUAUAAUAAAACUGCUAUCAUCCCCGAGCCAUUUAUAACAGCUAGCUCGGGAUCUCCUCCAUCUUCUCCUACAUCCAGUUCAAAUCGCCGCCGAAUGAUGUUUGGCGGCAAUGAUGCUAAGCGCAAGGGUGUAAUGGCUCAACCUGGAGAUAAGCCAUGGGUUUGCCAUUGGGACAACACCAUCUUGGAGGCAUUCAUAUAUGCCGGCCAGAAUAACAGCUUCAGCCGACCGAUCGAUCCGGGUCCGACGACAAGCCCCCCAGCAUCUUCGAGCGAUAGUAAAGUUUCAGCAGCAGCCACCACCUCGGGAGCCGUAGCAGACGCUGCAAAUGAUUUUUCCGGUCCCUCGCGUGCGCCUUUCGCUGACGAUCUCCAAGCAACUACUUCGGUUUCCGACGGUCUCCCCAGUACUACAACUGCUUCAGCUUCGGCAUCUACUAGUGGCUUCGACAAAGACCUCCCUAUGCCUAGCGGUACCCCUUCGAUGCCUUCCCCGCCUUACCCGCGAGUGGUCAAGGUUGAAGAGCGUCGUAAUGCGGGCUCUACGACUGUCAAACCGUGGUGUCGCCAGUAUCAAAUUCGUGGUGAUAACCAAGCACCUGUUCCGGCUUUGGAUGCGAACGGAAAAUUCAUCGAUAUCGUCAUUAACGAAGAUGAGGGGGGCUACGACGAAUCUGGUGGGUCGAAACGAAAGAUCGAACGCUACCUGGGGACCCGCAACAGUGCUAAAGGCACUGAUAUGAGCGAUUGCGGUUGUAUAUGGUGGCUCUCUUGA